AUGGUGACUGGGAAAUCGCAGCCCGGCGUCGAGCCGGUCCAGCUUCCCCCAACCUCCCCCGAUCCCGUCGCCUCCAACUCUCCGCCGUCCAAACGAGAUCUCGCGUCGUGGUGGAGACAGUUCAAGCGGAACACCAGGAGAGAUGAACUGAAAGAACCCCCGCGAGGCAUCUUUGGUGUCCCACUGAAUGUCAGCAUCAAGUAUGCCAAUGUGGCCAUCUCACUCACCAACGAACAUGGCGAGAGCUUUAUCUAUGGCUAUGUGCCGAUCGUUGUGGCUAAGUGUGGCGUGUUUCUUAAGGAGAAAGCUACGGAUGUUGAGGGCAUCUUUCGACUCAAUGGAUCCGCGAAACGCAUCAAGGAUCUCCAGGAGAUCUUCGAUUCCCCCGAACGAUACGGCAAGGGCCUGGAUUGGUCAGGCUACACCGUACAUGAUGCCGCGAACGUCCUUCGCCGAUAUUUGAACCAACUGCCAGAGCCCAUCGUGCCCCUUGAAUUCUACGAGCGUUUCCGUGAGCCUCUGCGCGUAUAUCAGAGACAGGUUCAAGAGGGUAGCGAAGCGUCCGAGGCCGAGAAGUUCGACCACGCCAAGGCCGUCGAGACCUACCAGCAGUUAAUUAUCGCCCUCCCACCCUUGAACAAGCAAUUGCUUCUCUAUAUCCUUGAUCUUUUGGCUGUGUUUGCGUCCAAGUCCGACCAAAACCGAAUGACAUCGGCCAACUUGUCCGCAAUCUUCCAGCCGGGCAUGCUGUCCCAUCCACAGCAUGACAUGUCCCCCGAGGAGUACAAGCUGAGUCAGGACGUUUUGAUCUUCCUGAUUGAGAACCAAGAUCACUUCUUGGUAGGAAUGAGCGGUACGGGUGCAGAUGAACAGCAGGUGAAGGAAGUUGAGGCCGGUCUUCAACCCCGACCGGCAACAAACCCAUCCAACAUUCGCCGUUCUGCGUCCAGUGCGAGCAACAGUACUGAGAGCAACCGCAAACUGGACUCGCUGCGCCGCAAUGUUUCCGUUUCAUCGCGCAAUUCUCGUACUUCAAACACUGCCCCGAGCCCAGGAACGCCGACGUCCGGUGGCGGUGUCCACCGAAGCAAUACUCUCCCAUCCAAGAUGGGUCCGGUGUUGACUUCUGCACGCUUCGCACGGGCAGCCGAGAGCAACGGUAAUCAGCCCGGUCUACCGAUCUCUCACCACAGUUCUCGGUCUGCUAGUCGGGCCCCGUCGUUGCGUGAGGAGACCGCACCGAAGGACGAGCAGAAAACCGAGCAACGCAAUCCCAGCCAGUUCACAGCUUCCACGCAGGGAACUGCCUUCGUUCACUCUUCCACGCAUGGUCCUGUUCCUGUCGCAGCGGCCGAGAGAUUAAGCAUCAACGAUACUCCUCGGCCAAAAGAAAAUCUACCGACCCAUGCCACGCCUCCUGUCCAGGCCGCGACACCAACGCGCGAACGCAAACUCUCGAGCCUCUUCAGUAAAUCUCCACCGCCAGAAGGAGAGCACCGGGAGCCCCGGCAGCCAAAGCGCCUGCAGAAGAAGCGGAUACCAGGUAGUGCUAGCAUGAGCGCACAGAGCUCGUCCAACUCCCUUCAAGCCACGCCGUCGGAGUUGAACAUUGCGGAGGUAGCCUCUGAUGCGAACCGCGAACCGCCUUCAAUGGACCUUGCUGUGGGCGACACCACCCCAAAACCCCCCAAUACCGCAACCCUGAACAAGGAAUCAGUCCCCUCCGAGUCCAACCCGGUGCUCGCCGAAGGUACGACGCAACAGACCAUCGACAGCUCCCUACGCCCACAUCAAUCACGGACACCGUCGAUGAAUUCUCGGUCGUCUUUCACAGAUCAGUCAGAUGUGGAACAGACCGAGGAUGGUUCUCGCUCCGAGCGCCGAGAUCAUCGACGGAGCUGGCGCUUCCACCGCUCUGCCAAACGCAGCAGCGAGCAAGUUGGCUUGGGUGUCUCGUCUCCGCCAUUGGUGGCAACCAAUCCUGGUGCUGAGCAGAGUACUAGUUCGAUUGGCAGUGGCCAGCACCAAAGCAAUGAUCCUUCAAGUCAACCGAUUAGCCUGGAUGCUGGCAUCCAAGGCAGCACCACGGUUGGGAGCGAACCCGAGAAGAAGAGCUUGUUUGGGAAGUUCAAGGCCAAGGUCGCGCAAGUGCGUGAUGGUGUGAAAGACGACCGCGAACGGGCCAAGAGCCCUACUAGUCAAUCAGAUACCGACCCUUCGAUGACGACUCAGCCGUUAUCGCCUCCUUCCAAUGAGGCGAUCAGCAAGCCGUACGUGGAAGUUCCCGCUGAGCAAGCGAAGGACGAGCCUGUGCGCUCGCCCGUCUCGCCGCUGCCCGGAGCAGGUCUACCUCCUUCCAUUCCCGAGGAGCCGCACAGCCCGGAAGCCACAACAGCGACUGCAGCCCCCGAGAGCAAGGCGGAGCCCGUCUCAACCGAUCCGGCAGCAGCAUCUGAUCCACCCAAGGGAGAUAGCCCGGCAGAGAUUGAGAAAGAAGCGGCGUCCUAA